GGCAGACUCAAAAUAAUCAUGGAAACGGAGAACAUCGCAGUGACAAAACCAGCAGAGAAUUCAAAUCAGAGUACAGAUUGAGCUUGAACCCAGGCAGUGAGAAUCAGGGAGGUGUCUAUCGGUCAGCUUCUUCCAUUACUAGUCGACCCAAGGGCAAGGCUCCGUUGGUGAAGCCCGUGCGAAGAUCCAAGUCUCACAAGGCUACCAGUGUGACGAACAUUUUGCAUGGCGGACCAGUGACUUUCGUGAGUGUGAACAACAUCAACCAUUUGGUGGAGCUCACCACCCCAGAAAACCCUUGUCCUGAGGACAUCUUCCAAGGUAGUCACACCCUACCAAGGGCCAGCGGAAGUAGACAGAGCACCAAAAGCAAGGCCAAAAAUGGUUGUUCGGAUGACUCAGAUGUGAUUAUUACCAAUACGACUCACAUGGAGAGUGGAGGGAAAGGUGUGAGGAUUCAAAUCGGAUCGGGGGGCUCCUCUCAAGGCGGAACCAAAGCGGGGAUCUCUUCAGUUUUAAGUAGUUCAACGUCAAGUCAUCCAUCACUCCCACAUGGUCGUUUUCCUCAGCAAAAUUCUGAUAAGAAGAGAGUUAGUAAGGUUGCCUCUGCAACACUCACUGCAAACAGCGGGGUAUUCGAGGAGAAACCUGAUAACGUGGACAAGAAUCGGAUCGAGCAAGAAUGCCAGACGAGCAUUGAUUUUCGUUACAGUGAAUAUGAUACUCUCGCCUCCAACGGCGUGAGCAAUAAUCCUUUGACUUCCUCCGCCCGUGUGAGUCGCCCUUCAAAAGUAAUCGCGUCGACUUCCUCCAAAAAUAAGAAAGGAAGGAGGAAAUAUACCCUCGAAGAACUGGAGGUGGAAGGCUUUGAACCCUCCAGCUGCUCAGAGUCGGAAAAACUUCAUAUUUCUGACGCCGACCUGGAUGAGGACGACAUCGACUUGAGUUCGUUGAUCGAAGGUGCUGUGGAUGAUGAUGAUGAUGAUGAUGGCGAAGGCGAAGGCGAAGAAGACGAAGACGAAGAACAAGAGGCGUAUGAUGUGGUAACUUCUUCUGCAAAUAACGAGGCCAUGAGUGAUCCAAGACUUCAUUUCAAGCCUGUCCAAGCCUCUGCAAAAAUGCAAGGUAAUAGUGAUUCCAAUCCACUUGGUGAACAUCACCAAACUCGAAUUCAACGCGUGGACGACGCAGUCUCUAGUGAGGAUGAGGAUCUCUUGUCUAUGGCAGUUCAUCAAGGCAGCUUGUCAAGUCACAAUUUCGUGGCACUUCAACCUCAUUCAGAUACAGAGGCAGACUUCUUAGAGAGCUCCAAGGUGCAUUCCUCACAGAAAAGAGGAUCCUCUUCAACGUCUUCAACAUCUGCUGCGAACAGCAGUGCCAAGUCACGAAAUGGGGGUAGACCACUUCCACCACCACAACCUGCCAGGCGAAGAAUGCUUCCAAAAGAACCUACAAUGAAUACUGUGACUGCUAUCAACAACGCUGAAAAGCAUGCCCUCUCCUCUCGAGAGGAAGUUGAAAAAUCCCAAUUGUUAAAUCUUCUACCAACAACAGACAAUUCCAGCCGGGUGUUGUCAAGUGGUAACGUGUCGAUAGCAGCUGAAACUUCAGACUUUGAUAGUAUCAGCACCACUUCAGCUUCCUACGUGGUUAACCAUUCGGACGUCGAUUCCAUCUUGAAUGAGGAGUUCUCCACUAAUCUAGCAAACGUGAAUGAAGGCGAGACCAAAGGAGUGAUAGAGCGACAGUUACUCCCUGAUAGGUUCCCUCCCCAUAUGUCAAUAGACGCUCCAGCUUCACCAUCCCCAUUCUCGCCUGAGAAGCAACAAGGACAGCAAAUAUUAUCACCAGUGGCGCAACCAUCACUAACAUCCUCAACCAUCAAUGACGGACAAGAGCAUCGCGCUACCAACACCGUGGCUAAAGCGAAAUCCGCUCUUGGACUACCUGUGUCCAGACCAAAGAAAAAAGAAGGAGAUGAACUCCCUCAAGGCACCAAACUUGCGCCCUCCUCGCCAACUCAAGCCGGGAGGACGAGCCUUGGAAACGAAGUCGGGCCCGAAAAUCUAGCGGAAGAGGACGAAAGGGAGGAAGAGGAGGAUCGCUCUGCGUCCGAUUUGACGGCAGUUACAUGUGAGGAGAUCCGGAGUGAACAGGGGCCUCCUGUGAAAUCUAGUCGGAAAAGAAAGACACUAGAGAUUGAGCCUGAGGCCCAUUCAAGUGACAAUCGUCCCACAGAGGCGCAAGUGACUGCCAGUGAUAAUGACUUUGAUGACCUAGUUGAAGACACCAGACCAGGAGAAUGUAAUAAUCCUCAACAAGAGUUAAAACAGAGGAAGGGGUCGGUGUCCGACUUGAUUGCCCGCUUUGAAACUUCAAACUCCAAGAAAACCAGUUCAAGCUCUAGUGUAUCCAAUGUGGAUAGUCUUCGGUCGACAAGAAGUGUGACUCCAGAGCGGAAUUCCCGCUCCAUCACACCAGAUCAAAGGCCAUCAAGUGCAAGUGGUCAGUUUACGAGAUCAAAGUCUGCCACGCCUUCUCUAUGUGGGCUAGCGGAGGAAAGUGAGAACAAGUCUGAAGCGAGCCCCAGUGAACGGGCCCAAAUAGGCUCUCCAAUACCAGAAACGGACGAGAUCACCAUUGAAAAUGAGUUAGAACCCGAGCCUGAGAAGGAGAAACCUAAAGAGGAGUCUGACGAAGCCUUAGAAACUUUACCGCUUGGUGCUGAAGCCCUGACUUUAGAGCAAAAACCAACGGAAGGAGAGUCUGGUCCACCGGAAGAAUCUUUAGACUUGGAAGAAUUGGAUGAGGAAAUGGCCAAAACUCUGAGGAACCGCAAUGGUGGUUACACCAGCUACGUAUUUAUUAGUUCAGAUCCAACUCAAGAUGAUGCUGCCAGUGUGGUCAGUGUGGGUAGUAACAAGAGCGUUGGGGACAACAGAGUGCGAGUGAAUAUUAAAGAGACUGGAGCCAAUUGCGUAGUCCUUCAAGAUGGUCGAGCGUCGAAUAUCAGCAUUGUCUCCACCGAAAGUUCCGAAUUGGGGUCCCCCACUUCGCCCAUAAAUGGGAACGACGAGGACGAGUUGUUUAUGCAAAGAGCCCCGCCACAGCAAGUCCCCGACUUACCCGCCAAGAUAAGAUCACGAAAUGGAGGUGUGAUUGAUUUGGCGCAACAUUUUUCACCCCCGCCAUCAUUAGAAUAUCGUGCUCGUACUCGAGGUGGUGAAGUCAGUGAGCCUUUUGAAGAUGAGUACCUUAACCGAAAUGAAGACACCCCAUCUCCCGUGGGGGAUGAAGCUCAAAAUGAUCGGAACGGUCUAGCCAACUACUUCACCAACGCGUUGGAAGCUGGUGGUCAUACCUCAUCUCGUCGAGGCCGACCCCCUGUGAUUCGAGCUGCAGAUCGCGCUGCUCGAUCCCGUCAACAUCAAAUGGCUCCAGAUCAGUACGAUGAGGGUGAUCAUGAUGGUAUGGAAGGAGCUGUGGAUGGGGACGGUCACGAUUACAUGUACGAUGAAGAUCAUGAAUUCCAAAUCAGUGAAAUGCAUGACAGUAGUCAUCCUUAUGAUGAGGAAGACGUGCUCUACUCCGACGAGUAUGACCCUAAUUAUGAAGUGAGGUAUGAAUCAGGGGAGGAAGAUGAAUAUGGGGAAACAGCAAGAGAAUACCCGAUGUGCCAACCUGUUUAUGACGACUCUGGCGAUGAAUACAGUGAAGGCGAGCCCCUCUCGUCUGGGGACGAAUAUUUUGAUCGCGAGGAAGAACUUCGCGGAUAUAACCGACAGAUUGACUUCACCCUUCACACAAUCCUUGAAGAGAGUUGUGAGGAUUCUGAAUAUGAAUCCAGAAGUCUUGAGCAGCAGCAGCAACAAAAACGCCAAUCUGAUCCGUCGGCCUUGGAGCGCUACUUCUUUUAUGACGUGGGUGGUGGCAAUGAAGAUGAUACCUUUUCUGAGACCUCUUUGAAUACGACCAGCGAGAGGACUCAUGAAGAGGAGGAAUUGAGUAUUGCAGCUGAGGAAUCUGCUUCCAAUCGCUACGACAAAUACUUCACCCCUCUGGGAAGUGUACAAAACAAUCCAAUGGAGUCAUUGGAGAUGAUCAGUGACGUUCAGACAGAUGAUGGAGGCUCUGUUGGCUCCGAAUCGGAUGGCCAACGCAGUCCCAAUGGCUUCAACAAAAAGAAGAAAGUGAUCCGCUCCAAGGGCUUCCGAACCGAGCGGCUUUCUGAUCGUGGCGAGAGCGACAAUGGCAAUUCCAACGUUGAAGAUGACCCUCUCCACAGACCCUUGGAAGCGAGUUACUCGAACUCAAGUGAUGAUAGCCACGCUCAAAUAUCGGGAGAGACCCAAUUCGACACCAUGAAACGAAAAAAGAAGCAAUCUCGUCGCACCGGUGCUGAAGAUCGAAAAAGUGAUGGUGAACGGAGUGCCGAUAGUCGCAGGCCCAGUGGUGCUUCUGUUGAGCAACUGGGAGUAAUAAACCCAUUGUUUAAAGCACCCAUCAAUGUUGAAGAGUCGCUGAAGAAAGAUGGGAUCAGUCCCAAAGGAACUCCUCCCAUCACACCUCUUCCGUCACAAAUCAUUGAAGUUCAACCGGCUUCUACUGCUUCGGGUUCUUCUUUGGAGCCCGGUCUUCAGCAAAGUGCUUCUCCAUCGGGUUCCGAGAAGGAAUUUGAUUUGAUGAAGCAAAGCAAGAAGUCCAAAGCGGCUCUAUUACUCCAAAGGGAGUCCCACCACGCCUCGCCAACGGGCUCUCCUCCUGUCAAUGGGCCUGUACGUAAGCACAAGUCACGUGAUAGCGGUUUCGUUGGGAGCACUGAUGAUCUCCUCCGUAAUGAGACGAACCAAGUGGGUGUGACAAGCAGUGAUAGUAACCAUAGCUUGUCGGACCAUGAAAACGAGAGGAAGAACUCUCAGCCUCGUUUGGAGAAAUUAAGUGAAGUGAGUGAGAACACUGAAGACGAUGCUGAGAACCACCAACAGCAUUUGGUUGACAUUGCGUUUGGCAAAGGAGACAUCAAAACGGAGCAAAUUGUGAACUUCCAGUUACCUCGAAAAGAAUCGCCUGAUGCCAUAAGGGGACCUCUUACGCAUAGCCAAUUGGUGCGAAAGGAUAGCUUUCAAAACUGGAGCUCUGAUGAAGACACAAAUAUCAUGAUGAAUCGAAUGAGAUCCUUCUUCAAAGGCAUUUUGGCUGGCCAUCAUGGUGUCUCACCAGAGUCCAAAGAAAAGCCACCGCAGAUUCUAGCAUUUGAAGAGCAGCUCACCAAGCUUAUGCGGACAGUUCCCGGUAUUAAUGAGGAUCAAGUCAAGGAGAUUGUUGAAUAUCUCUCGAGCGAAGACACAUGGAGUGAUUCAUACGACUCGUCUGACUAUGCUAGUAGCGAUCUAGAUGGUGCCUAUGGCUACAUUGACGCUGAUAUCCCAGAUUUGAACAUCUCGCCCGAAAUCCAGCAACAAAUUUCGUCCAGUUGUCAGGAGAUCAUUCAGAAGUUCGACACAGGAUCAUAUGGAACAACCCAACCUGCCAAUCUAAGUGUGGAUCAAGAUGAAUUCCAAAAAGAAGCUGCACUCAUGUAUCAGCAACUCAUGGCAAAAAUGCAACAAAACCAAAUGGAAAAAGAGCUCCAUCGUCAGGCAUCCAGAUCAACCCGGAACUCUCCGCCAAUUGCAGCUAAGGUCAUGCAACAUAUUAGCACUCGACUCGUUGCCCUCAUGCACGAAGCUGGAGUAAACAGUGAGGGUGGGAAUUCAUCUCCAGCCUCAAUGACCGAAGCCACUUCUUCAAGCACCUUCUCUGACCGUCGUCAAAUUGGUCCACCAACUCGCAGGUAUAAGAGAGUUCAAGACGACAAAAAAGGGGAGGACUUCAUGAACCCCAAAAUCAGCACACAUUUAAACAAAUCCUCAUCAAAGUCAGUGGAGGCUUUAACCGCCAACUCGUCUAGGAAGUCUUCCAACGACUACGACGUUUGGCAAGGUGUGGCCAGAGAUGGGAACCAAAAUCAAGGUCAACCUCGCCGAGGUUCCUUGGGUAUGGUAAAAGGCCAGAUGGAGUCGCUCCAAUCCCAUUCAUCUGGCUCAAUCAAUGAAGAUGAGCGUUGUAGUUGGAAGGGUAGCUUUGAAUCUACCCUGGCAGCUGAUAUGUCCUCCAAGCACCGUCGAGUCGGAAGCAACAGUGAAUUGAACUCAUCUUCUAUGGAACAAAUAGACAAGUCCCGAUCAGGUUCCAAAUCAGCCCGUGGCACUCGCAAUUCGGCUCGAGUUUCGGUACCAGUUGUUCAUACGGAUUCCGAAGAGGAGAGUGCAAGGCAGAGCUCGCACAAUGAUCCAAGUUCCAGUAGCACCCUCCCUCGAGAAAACUCAUUACAUUCAUCCAGUUCAUCAUCAGUGCGUUCUUCAGUGUCUUCAAGGCAUUCCACGAACUCUCUCCCGCGGUUGGGAACCAGUGCCAUCAAGAAACCCAGAGCUCCCCAAGCUCCAACAACCACUGCCACCGGGCCUAGUCAAAUCAUGACCACGACCGUGACUCUGGCUGCAGCCUUAUCGGCCGGGCCAAAUGGCGGCGGAAGCGGCCCAAGAUCGGCUCGAUAUCGACCGCCCGGCUACAAGCCCGCUCCGUCUCGAAAAAUAUCCCCGUCCAUGGGGAAUGUGCUUCCUCAGCGCAAGACCAGUAUCGAAGGCGUGUAUGUCCAACGAUUUAACGAUGAUGUGGCGAGUGAGUUCUCCAGCAAGUCAGGGAGUCCUUCACCGGUGAUCAUGCGGGAUUUCCGAGAGAGUUCGGUCAACUCGAAAAGUUCCUUGGAAACCAACGAAGAAGAGCAUCCACGGGAUGAGCGCUAUCCAAGUCCGUUCAACAAGGCCGGCUCUCUUUCGUCCCUUGGGUCUCGUUCGGAGUCCAUGCUCAGUGUGUAUUCCCAGGAAGGAGGCCGUUAUGGAAGUGUUGUGGUCCGAGGUGAGGUCGAAUUAGGCAUGCUCUACAGCUUCAGUUCGGGAUGUCUUGAGAUGGCAAUUAAGCAAUGUCGAGAUCUGGCCGCCGUGGACACCAAGAGGAACCGAUCCGAUCCAUACGUCAAGGUGUACCUCCUACCCGAUAAGACGAAAAGCGGGAAGCGAAAAACCAAAGUGAAGAAGCACACACUCAACCCAGUCUUUGAUGAGAUACUCAAGUUCCAAAUGCCUUUGUCAGAAGUAGAGAAACGAACGAUCUGGUUAACGGUGUGGCACAGUGAUAUGUUUGGUCGGAAUGAUUUCCUGGGCGAAGUCAUGCUCCCAAUGGCUGGUCAAGUCUACGAUGAACCCUCUCCCAAGUGGUACAGUCUCCAAGAUAGGACUGAACCUCCGGGGGGUGAAGACGAUCCCAUGGGUGCUUACCGCGGCGAAAUCAUCAUCGCACUCAAAUUCGUGCCCAAUACCUCUGACCUGAAAUCAAAAUCAUCGCGACAAGUGCGCAAAACUCGGGGCAUGCUCAUGGUUCUCGUGAAGGAGGCCAAGAAUCUGGUUCCUCUCAAGGGCUCGGCCAACACGGAUCCAUUUUGUAAAUGUUAUCUGCUGCCCGAAAGGAACAAGACCGGGAAACAGAAGACCAAUGUGUGUCGAAGAACCUCGAAUCCCCGAUGGGAACACACGGUGACUUGGGAUCAAGUGACCAUGGCUGAUCUGGCCGACCGCAGUCUGGAGGUGUCCGUUUGGGAUCACGACCGAUUAGGACAAAAUGACAUGCUUGGAGGAGUCCGAUUUAACCUUGGUUCUGGCAAACAUCAAGGCAAACCCUCCGCCUGGAUGGAUUCGACGGGCAAGGAAGUUACCCUGUGGCAACAAAUGUUGGAUCGACCCAAUUUCUGGGUCGAGGGAGCCGUUCAUUUGCGGCCUGUGGAGAAGAUGAAUUCCACCCCAUCGCCGAUAUGAGAUUUCUCUGUUGUCUAGAAAUGUACCUACUAGUCUUUUCAAUGUAUCUGAACAACAAUUCUAUUUCCUGUGCUCGAUGUGAUGUGAUAGUUAUUCUUACCUGAUGUCUGACUUAUCAAAAAGAACAUGCCAUGAUUACAACAAUAUUUGCUAUUAACGUCCGCCGAUAGUUGCAUUAAUUACACAAACACUUCUACUAUUAAUCCCCGAUUCACCUUCGAUUUGACGCGUUCCAUGCGAUUACCUCACCUACUAAGUCCUGUAAUAUGCUUAUCCAUGAUCCCUCCACGUAACCAUCGCAAACUUUACACUACUCUAUGUCAUUAAAACUCUCUCUCCGCUACUCCGUUGAAUUAUCCUCAUUUGUCUGGUAUCUCUUUGUGAAGGAAUCACACAUGGCGCGUAUUCUAAACAGCUGGGCUCCUCUUCUCACAGAUUCUUGAGCAGAGUUAACCAAUGGGAUAUGAAAAAAAUGCCAUUGAGAAAUAUAACCAAUACUGAAGCCAAGCCAA